AUGGCGUCCGCUACCCACCGGCUCCGCCCUCUUGGUUUCCUCAUCUACCCGAAACGGACCAUCCACCAGCAGGCUAUCCUGGUGAAAGGUAUUAUGGAGGCUUACAGCACGGGCAUGAAAUGGCGCCGACAUCCGCAUCCUCUAUCCCGUAUACGGGACCUCCGCCUCCGCCUCCACCUCGAAGCUUGCGACCGGCAAUACAUCGGAGCAGGUCAAGUGCGCGUCGGCAAAGUUUCAGAAGGCCACUCAUACCCACCACUGAUUCCGAUGACACCAGCGACGACCUGCACGACGACGACAGCACUCCUUCGUUGGGGGCAUCAUCCCGUAGCAGUACGGUCCAGCGGACCCGGCGGGAUCACGGCUCAGCGCGGAUUCACAGAACCCCCGAGAUCGAAAGACUCGGAGGGCAUCAGAGAGCCGCAACCGGGGCUUGGCACCACGAGCACCCCUACCCAGCAAAGAAACGUGGUAAAGGAGGCCGAUAUCAGACAAAGGGAGUUUGAAGUAAGGGUGCAAGAAAGCGAAAGUUAUUUGAGAAAGAAAAUUGAGGAUAUGAUGCUUGCCCAGGACGAGGUCAGCAAGGGGAUCCAAAUGGUCAGGCAAGAGUCGCAACAGGGCCUAAGAGCAAUGAUAGAAGCAGAGCAUAACUUGGGAGAAGAAAAUAGGAAGAUGAUGGAGGAACGAGCCAUGAUAGAAGAAGAUAUGAGGAUUAGGUUUGCUGCAGAAGAAACAGCAAGGCGGGAGGCAAGAGAGGCCGAGGCAAGAAGUCAAAUGGAGAUGAUGAAGCGCGCCUGGGAACAGCUGCUGCAUGACAUGGAAAUGGAUAUGAACAGGGUCAAGGCGCAACAACUCGCUAGGAACGUUCUGCGGGACGAGAUCAGAGCUGAUCUGCAAGCCGAAGCCACCAUGACCCCGAACAUGGCCGAGGGGGUGCCGACGCAAACUGCAGAAGCGAAGAAGGAGGCCUCUGUGAGCCCCAUUCCCAGCUACUCGCCCGAAUUUCCUUAUUCUCAAUCUCCGGAUCGGUUCCAGUCUCCUUCCAUCCCAGAGAGGAGGCACCCGCUCGAGCCUCGCAGGCGACGGGCACAGGAACCACCACCCGAGGCCCCCGACCCACCGACUGAGGAAGGAGAUGACGAAGUAGAGCCCAACGUGGACAAGGGGACCGGCGCUGAAAACAGCCUUGACUCCGGUGUGGAGUUGGCUAGUUCAUAUUACUCCAGCUUCCGCUCCGAGAGCAGGUCGAGUUGGCGCGGGGAGAGGGCCUGGAGGGCGGAAAGAGAAGCACGAAGGAGUCUCCGGAUCUUCAGAGAGGAACUUGUUGAUCCGAUUUGCGAUACGCUCUUGAGCCUCCUGGAAGCCUACACGGGAGAUAGACCAAUGGAGCCUUCUGUCUACCCACAGCCUCCGCAUUCGCCGGGAGCGCACGACUUUGAAUCGGUUUCGUCGGGUUCGGAUCCAAAGUCAUCCUUGUCAGGCUUGCGGCCGGGCGAUGACGAGACUGUCACACCCCGAGGCAAUCGGCAGUCCAGUCGGCGACAGGCACGCGAGGCCCUUAGACGACCUCGCUCUCGGAAAAGUAAUCGUGCAAACGAGAACCGGCUGCGGACGAGGGAAUCAUCGCGAGCCUAUUCGUUGGAAGAAUCCGCUUCUCUGACGGAGAACGGCCCUCCAGCGUUGGUCGAACAAGAACCCAGGGGCAUAGAAGAAGUUGCCCAUGAAAACGAAACCCCCGACCCAGCCGACCUACCAGUACCAAGCAACAUCAAGACAGUUCCCAGGGCGGAAGGAACAACAUGGCUUCAACUCAUGUCAUCAACACUACCUGAUGCUGUAGAUGGAGAAGAAGCAUUACCCCCUGCAUGUCCAUCUCCUGAAGUUGCGUUCGGAUUGAGUGACGAAGAGAACUCAGGCCCCACAUUCAAGACCUCCCCAAUGAGCCCUCAGAAGACAGCAACAAUCACUGGGCCUCAUCGCGAGUGGGGGGCCCGAGUGCUCUUGCCGCAACAGUACCAGCUCGAAAUCGCCAAACCCGAGGACGCAAUGGUGUCGAUGCGAACAGACGGACUCUUUUUUACCCCGAAUCGGUUUACAAGUACAAAUUCAUAG